GUAAAAUAUUUAUUUAGAUUCCACGGCUAUGUUUUGUUUUCCUGACAUACAUUCUACUUACAUAGCAUAAAACGUAUAUAGCUUCUGAAACAUAUAUCCGCGCAUACACAAAAUAUUUCCAUUCAUUUAUAAUAUAGCAUCAAUGAAAUGAAUAUUCAACUGCUCAGACAUAACGGCGGGCGAAUUGUUUUUUUUUCUGAGUGAGGGAUAUAUCGCCGGAUAAAUUUUCUUGAAUUUAGUUUGUUUUACGAGUUGGUAACGUACACUUCCGCUUGUAAAUGCAGUGCAUAUUUGAGCGUUGACAGUUAUAAUUUUCAAACGUUCAUGAACUGUGAAUGCAACAAUAAAAAGGUUUAAUGUGGCGUUUUGUGUUUAAGUUUACCCAGUGUUGAUAGAAUCGGGUUUUUUGUUCAAGAUCUUUUGAUGAAUAUAUAACAAUUUAGAGGAUGAACAUUAACUGAUAGACGAGUUUGCAAAUUUUGUAGGUGGAUUUGUGUGGACGUGAUAGUUGAGCAGUGUGCGCACAUAAUUGAGUUGAGAUUUAUUAGAAAAUAUUUUGAUUCGUAAUCCAAGCUCGUCAGUGUGUGAAAUAAAUCGCAAAAAGUACAAAUAAACCUUUGUCUGCUAUAAAAUAUCCUGUGAACUAAAAAUACAAAUUUUAAUUAAAAAAAUGCUGCUCUCAAUUAAAAUGGAUUUUUUGUAUCAUCAGACCAUGAUUAUGUGGAUAUACAUCGUAAUAUUAGCUCAUAUAACAGCAGUUUCAACAAUAGCAACUAAUCAUCCAAAGUUGACAUUAAGCCCAUCGGAUAGUGAAGUAGUGCACUACGUUAAUGAUUCACACAUUGUCAAUUGCAAUGCAUACGGAACAACUAGAGUACGAUGGUUAAAUCCGAAGCAAACUGUCAUAGAGGAAACAAAAGGACGAAUUCAUAUCGAGGAAAGGACGGACGGCUCAACCGCUUUAGUAUUUGAAAUGAUAACGUUGCAGGAUAAAGGCGAAUGGUCGUGUCAGGGCGAAACAGGAGAUCUACAAAAAUCUUUCAAUAUGGUUAUAAAUCAACCAAUCUCUUUUGUGGAUACGCCGGUUGUGCAAAGUGUACAAGAGGACCGUGACGCGGUGAUUCGGUGCAUGGUGACAGCCGAUCCGGAACCAACCAUAUCCUGGUACUACAAUGGGCAGAUUCUUAACUUGCCAACCGAAAAGUAUGUUAAAGUGGUCGAUGGUUUGGCAAUUAAAAAAGUCUCCAAAAACGACAGUGGAGAGUACACGUGCAAGGCUUUCCAGAUUUCUACAACUAUAAGUAAUGUAAAAGAGCAAACCAUCCGAUUAAACAUUCAACAUAUACCUAUACGUCCACCUCAAAAAGCUAGCGCUGAUGUCCAGUUCGGUUAUUUAUAUGGCAUUGUUAAUUUAACAUGUGAAGCUGAAGCGGAACCAGCUGCCGAAUUCACAUGGUAUCGACAUAAUAAAAAGUUGAAUCCGAAAGUUCAUCUUAUACACAGCGAAGGACAUGAAUCAAUCUUGCAAAUACUCGUUAACGAUUCGAAAGCCUUUGGUGAAUAUAAAUGUAAAGCAGAAAAUGCGCUCGGAACACUCGAACGAGUUAUUACCUUGGCUCAAGGGGUUAAGCCAGAGAAACCUACCAAUCUUGCUUUGCGUGGCGUUAACUCGGAUACAUUUGAUGUCGAUGUUGGUGCUGUGCGAAAGACAAAAGAACGAGAUCCAAUGGACGUAAAUGGCUAUCGUUUCGAGAUAAUUGAAUCGGAAAAAUUCCGAUUGGGUGGCCGAAAGUGGGACAACGCUCGUGUAAUGAUUUUGGGUUUCGAAGAUGGCAUCACAUACCUAAUCAACAACCUCUCAGCGAAUACAAGCUAUUUAGUGCGUGUAGCAUCGAGGAAUCCCGCUGGACUCAGCGACUGGACAGGUCCCAGAGAAUUUCAUACUACGCCAAAGGAACCACUCGGUUUAAUGCCAACAAAUUCCGCUUGUGGUCUAAUAUUCUCGUACAUUACGUGCCAAGCAUUUGUGGUCAGUACAUUCACAUUUCUGAUUUCGAAUUUUCUACUUAUACCGUCCAGUCACACGCGACUAUUAGUUAUGACGUGAGCGGUUUAAUUUCAUUAUUAUGCCUUUUUGUGAUAAAAAUGUGUCGUUAAAGUUAAUUAAUUGAAAAUUUAAUUUUAAGUAUCAUCAGCUUAUUUACGUUUACAUUUCGUAUAGAAAAUGAUGAUGUAUCACUAGAGGUAAUUGUAUGUGUUCUUAUAUCUCUGCCAUUUCUGCAGUAAGAAAUUUAUACGGUAUUCGUGAGUUGGCCUUUAUCUCAAAAAAUUAAAAACCAUUUUUGGUUGGUGCAGAAUUUAAUCGUUAAUUCUAAACAUGAGAGAUAUAACUGAGUCGGUUCUUCUUUGCGAACUGUUAAACUUUACGAAAUGUAUUUUCGCAUGUUCGUGUGGCUUUUUUUUGUAUCAAUUACUAGAAAUUACAAAUGUGUUGAACUAAAGAAUUAACAGACUUGAUAAUUAUAACGGACGGAACAUGUUGGCUCAGUGAUAACGUACGAGCCUUCCACCAAUAACAGAAGACUUCCAAUUCCGGUGAGGAAUGUUUAGCAUAAAAGUGAUGUCUGCAAGCACACCCAAUAUUCAUAAUUUGGGUAGUUCGAGUGUUUGAUGGCUACAAUGAAUUGUACUCAGAAUAAUUACUUAAGUGAUAUCACCCAUAUACGAUGAAUUAUGCAUAAAGAUGAAGAUAUAAUUAGCACGAACUAUCUGAUGAUUAGUAAUACCUAUUUCAGUCAGUUAGGCGAAAACCCCGUUGACGGUUUUGUGUUGUUGAUCAAAUGAUGAUAUAUCUUCUGUGCAAAGCGAGGUCGAGGUAAUUUGGAAAAAAGAAGAAGCCGUCAUCAUUUGAUUAAAACACUUGAUGUAAAGCUAUGCCACCGUCUGUCAAGUAAAAUAGUUUUUUUAAUAAUUACUCGCUGCAUACCCUGGAAACUAACGUUAUUUUCCUCACUAGCGUUAAAGCUCGUUCCCAGAUCUUUGCUUUUCGAGAGUAAAAUAUACUAUGUAAUGGUCGGUAGAUUGCCAUUUUGACUUGUGUAUUUGCAUCCAUCGCUUUCGGCUCGAGCUGGAAACGUUACACUUGUGAAGAUAAAGAUCUCCAACCUAGUACGCAAUGUACUUUCGCUGGCAUUUUUAUGAUUUACCCAACCAAUUAUAAGACCAGAACUUUUCUUUCUCAACGCGGUGAGAUGAAAGCCACAAAAUCAUAAUAUUUUACCAUCACGUACACAAACUAUAUGAAUUUCUACUCGUUCAGUAAGCAGAGGUAAUUGAAGAAAUUCCAUUGUUUAUAUCAAUCUCUUUCCCAAAUUUCAUAACAUUUAAUUUGGGAACAUUUUGAGAUAUUUAAGCGAAAUUAUAGAAUAAUUGGAGUAGGGUAAUAAGACGACAG